CAGAACACAUAUUCAACAUCUGCUGCUGCAUUCAUUGAACAAAACUUGUUUUGGAGGAUCGUUUGAGGAGAAGUACGUGGAACUGAGCUGUCUUGGCCAAGGUGGCUUCGGCUCAGUCUACGCUGGACUCCGUAUAGAGGACAAUCUGCCUGUGGCAGUCAAGCAUGUUCCCAUUGAUAAGGUCAUAAAUACAACUGUGACCCUGCGUGGGGAGCUCCGCCAGCUCCCCCUGGAGGUGGUGCUCCUACUGAUUGUAGGACAGGGUGGGGCAGACAUGGCUGAGAAGGCCAGGGAUGAGGAGGUGAGGGGUGAGGCCAGGUUUGGAGACGGUCAGGCAGCAGUGGAGCUGCUGAACUGGUACGAGCUGGACCAAGAGCUCAUUAUAGUUCUGGAGAGGCCUGUACCCGCCGUGGAACUGUUUGACUAUAUCCAGGAGAGAGGAGGAUGUCUCCCAGAGGAUCAGGCCAAAAUCAUUCUGAGGCAGGUGGUUGAGGCCAUGGUCAAUUUUCACUCUUGGGGUGUCCUCCACCGAGAUAUUAAGCCAGAGAACCUUCUGGUGGAGACCGGUUCUGCAGUUCCACGGAUUAGGGUUCUGGACUUUGGCUGUGGCUGCAUUAUUCAAGAAGCACCCUACACCGAGUUCCUUGGGACCAAAAUGUACAUCCCUCCUGAAUGGUACCUCCAUGGUUCCUACCGGGCGGUUCCAUCCGCUGUCUGGCAGCUGGGGGUACUGUUAUACAACGUGCUGUCUGGGAUAUUCCCCUUUCGCACACCCGACCAAGUCCUUUAUUGUGAUCCUAUCCCUACCAUGGAUAGGUUUUCCAGCCAAUGCAAGAACCUACUUAAAUUGUGUUUGGCAAAGUGCCCUGAAGACCGGCCUACUCUAGAGGAAGUCCUUCUCCACCCGUGGCUGCAUACAGAGGAGGAGAGGAAAGCAGAGAGACAGAAAAAGAGAAAGAGGAAGGAAAGAAGAGAUGCAGAGAGCAGCAGAGGAGGGGAGCAAAAGAGGAAGAGAGAGCCGGAAGAGAGACAGGAUUCGGGGGAGUCUUCGACGGCACUGUCCCUUGAGGACGCCUCGUCUUCGUCCUCCCUCUCCCUGUCCCAGGGCAACACCAAGAGGUGUAGGGUAGAUACCAGGAGCCCCAAGGUGUCCCCUAAAAACACCACGGCCACAACAAUGACCCCACAUGGUACACAUGGAAGAGUGGGAUGCUACUGUGCUACUUGGACAGGGGUCCAAGACAAGGACCCAGAGGAGAAGCAGGGCUACAUGGAAAGGGAGACAGAAUUUGGCAGGGCCCAUGCUGUGUCCACAUUCCCAGAAAUCAGUGAUACAGCACUGCUGCCCAGAGCUCUGCCUGUGCUGCCCGAAGGCUCUCUGCCUGUGCUGCCCAGAGUCCUGGUGCCCGUGCUGCCCAGCACCGAGCCCUCUGCUCCUCCUGAGCCCCCAGCAGAGUCCUGGUCGACUCCAGCACCCCCAGAGCUCGGUGCACAAAAGAAGCCCAGCCUUGGUCACCACCACCGACCCCCUGAGCACCUCUGCACAUCCAGACGGCCUCCAGGUCUGCCUCCAGAGCUGCCCCGGCUUUUCACCCUGCCUCCUGGCCGGCCUCCAGAACUGCCCUGGCCUUCGUCCCUGCCCCCCGGUCGUCCUCCCGACCUCCCCACUGUCCCUUUCUCCCCCCAUCGCCCUCCAAAAAAACACAUUACAAAAAUUCAGGAGGAAGGAGGAUAUCUCCCUGAGGAUCAGGUCAAGGUGAGUGUGUUUACAAGUUCAUACUCACAAACCCGUGUCUGGAAUAAUACAAAAUCCUGUAGAAAACAAUUACAGAUCACAGAGCACAGACCCUGGAUCCAGAAAAGCAGUCAAAGGACGGUUGGAACAAGGUUCGUAUGGAGCCAGAUGAACACUUGGACGGAAACAGACGUGUGAAUGAUUUUGAACAGCAUGAAUGAAGCUGACAAGUCCAUGGAAAAUGGACACCUGAAUGAAUGAUGCUAGUGUGGAGAAACAGCAGGGAAGACCAACACACCACUUCAUACAUACAGUACAGACAUGUUCCUUUGGUGUACGUAACACCAGGAGAGAGGAAGACAUCUCCCAGAGGAUCAAGCCGAAGAUAUCUCCCAGGGAUUUCCAAGCCAAGAUGUGAACCUACAGAAGGAGGCGGUUUGGCAAAGACCUGCCCACUCUGGAGGGAAUUCUGCUCCACCCUUGGCUGCAGUGGUCCAGCCCCUCCCCUUCACCUCUGGGAACACACCAUGGGUCGGUGUGCAGCUCAUCCACUGCCUCACCACCACAGACCACCUGGGACAGAACAUCUUUUUUUUUUUUUCAAACGUCCCAAGCAUAUUUACUACACACUAAAUAA